AUGCCUCCUGAACAAGACCAGUACCUGCCAAUCGCAAGCGUCACAAGGAUCAUGCGUAAAAUCUUACCAUCGGAAGCCAGAAUCUCCGAAGAGGCCAAAGAAAAUAUUCAAAUAUGCGCCACCACGUAUAUUAGCUUUGUGAGCGCUGAAGCUAGCGAUACUUGCCAAUCUGAGCGACGUACGACAAUAACUGCUGGGGAUAUGCUUUCGGCUAUGAGCAAUCUCGGGUUCGAAGAUUACGUUGAACCACUCAAUGUGUUCAUUAAUCGGUACCGUCUGUCCGAGACCGAUCGUGGGUGUUCACUUAGAGGUGGAUCAUCGUCGUUUGACCCGGCCUAUGGAGGAAGUGGUAUUGGGUUUCACGGUCCACCACAUUAG